AUGGGUGGCUCGCAACCAUGGCCCCAGGUUCCUGUGGGGAACAAGGACCACACAAGUGCAGCAGUUGUGAUCAUUGGGGCUGGCAUAUCUGGCAUGUGCAUGGCCAUCGACCUUAUCAAACGCAACAAAUGCCACAACUUUGUUAUCAUUGAGAAGUCCUCGAGCAUAGGCGGAACAUGGUACGAUAACAAAUACCCCGGCUGCUGCUGUGAUGUGUGGAGUAUGCUCUACUCGUACUCUUUCGAACAGAAUCCAGAUUGGACACGCCAAUACCCAGGUCAAGAAGAGAUCCUUGAAUAUCUUCGUAAUGUAGCAAACAAGUACCAGCUCUACAAAUAUAUUCGGUUCAACACAUCAGUCGAAGCUGCGACUUGGGACGACAGUACAUCGCACUGGAAAGUGGACGUCAAAGUGACGGGAGGAAAAGACGCCGAGUUCAGCCCAAGCUAUUCGAUCAAGAGCGACUUUUUGAUCUCGGCUGUUGGACAGCUCAACCAGCCACGGUAUCCGGACAUCGAGGGGCUGACCGACUUCAAGGGCAAGAUUAUGCACAGUGCUAGAUGGGACUGGAGUUACGACAUGCAAGGCAAAAAGAUUGGAGUCGUCGGAAACGGAGCCACAGCCGCUCAAAUCAUCCCUGAGAUCCUCCCGGUCUCGCAAGAUCUCACGAUAUAUCAACGUUCUCCUAACUGGGUAAUACCCCGCGAAGAUGGACCCGUCUCAGACCUGCGCCGCGCAAUUUACCGCUACCUCCCACCUGUCCGUUGGCGCAAGCGUGCAGGCAUGAUGGACUUUCGCGAGUCUUUCUAUGACGCAGUAACAGAUGGUGAUUCCGAAUUCGCGGGCACGCUGCGCACGCUUUGCAAUGACAUGAUGCGACAACAGAUUCCUGGCCGUCCUGACCUCUGGGAUAAACUCACGCCGAACUACAAUCCGGGGUGCAAGCGAGUCAUUAUAUCUGAUGACUACUACCCCGCUGUUGCGAAUACAAAGACCACCCUCGAGACGAACAGGAUCAAGCGCAUCACAGAAACUGGCGUCGAGCUUGAAAACGGUGAACAUCACGAUCACGACAUGAUUGUCCUUGCAACCGGUUUCCGAACCGUCGAAUUUCUCCACCCCAUCAAAGUCACUGGCACGCACAACCGUUCCUUAGCAGAUAUUUGGUCUGGCGGUGCUUCAGCAUUGUACGGCACUACGGUGUCCAGCCUUCCUAAUUUUGGCAUGUUCUACGGACCCAACACAAACCUGGGUCACAACUCGAUCAUCCUGAUGAUCGAAGCGCAAUCCCGCUACCUCAACACACUCGUCUCCGCCGUGCUGGACGCGCGAAAUCGUGACGCGCGCAUUGGGCUUAUGCCUAAGCAGUCCCGCACUGACGCGUUCAACGACAAGAUCCAAGCUAUUCUCGAGAAGAGCAGUUUCGCAGACGCAAACUGUGGUAGCUGGUACAAGAAUAAGGAUGGCAAGAUUACGAAUAACUGGUCCGGCACCGUGAUCGAGUACCAGGAGAUGCUGAGCAAGGUGGACUGGGAGGAUUUCGAGAUCACGGACACGCUAGGUGGACAAAGGAGUGCGAGCAAGGUUGUGUUUGGAAGCGGGAAACAGGAGACGAAGAUCGGGAGAGUAAGGGAAGAGACUUGUUUGAGCAAUACAACGUUGUUGUUGGGUGCGAUUAGUACAGUUGCUGCAGGGUUGGCGUGGGCUUACGGUGGGACAUCAAAGUCAAGAGUCAGGCCUGGCCGAUGA